AUGCCCUCCCAGGCACUCCGAUACGCCGCUGAGGAAGAGGAUGACAGGGAGGAUCGGUCCCGGGUGCUGCUGGAGCGGCUGCGAGAGCAGGCCAGAGCCCGGCAGCUGAGAAAGCAGCAGCAGGCGCCCCUGUCUCCUGAGGGGUUGAAGCAGGAGGAAGAAGAAAAUAAGCUCAGUGAAAACGUCAGAGCCAAGGACUCUGAGUUUGACUCUGAGAAUGAAGCUAAGGGAGCAAAAAGAAAGAGGAAGGGGGAGAGCAAAGAGGAUUGCUGUGCAGAAGGGCAAAAGCUAAAGAAACACCAGAGAUGCAGCCCUUCUGAAGAAAGGGCAGAUACUGAGGAGGCAGCAGAUGGCAGUACUCCACCGAAGAAGAAGAAACAAAAUAGAAAAAAAUCAAAAGCGUCUCAAGAAAGGACUGAGGCAGUUCCAGAUUCUCAAGACGUCGCUGAGCAACAGGAGAACAGAAGUAACCUUAGAAGUAAAUCAGCUAAAAGGAAGAAGGAGGAUGAGGACACUGAAGGAACUGAAACAAGGAGGAAAGAGCAAAGUGAAAAAGCUGAAGGAAACCAAAGCAAAAAGGAGGAGCUGUCCAUAGCAGCCUUGGAGGAGGAGGCAAAUCCACCACCCUCUAGUUUGGUAGUUCUUGGAGACUAUGAAAGAAGGCUGGUGCAGAAGGUUCAGCCCUUCUUACCACAGUGGCUUGCUCAACCCAAACUAGUGCAAAAACGUAUCAAAGAGAAUCUAGUUCCAAUCAGAGAUGUCCCAGGAAUUCAUCCCAAGCUGUUGAAGAAGCUGCAAAUGAAUGGAAUAGAGUCCUUUUUUCCAGUUCAGGCAGAGGUGAUCCCUGCUAUUCUACAGAGUGCAUCCAACGGGUAUUUGAUGGGGCGGGGAGGAUACCGCCCCAAAGACAUUUGCGUCUCAGCACCUACUGGCAGUGGUAAAACCCUGUCUUUUGUCAUACCUGUAGUACAGGCUCUGCUAGAUCGAGUGGUUUGCCAAGUACGAGCUCUGGUUGUUCUGCCCACGAAAGAAUUGGCACAACAGGUGAGUAAAGUGUUCAACAUAUACACUGAUGGUACAGGUCUGAAGGUCGUUUCGGUUACUGGCCAGAAAUCUUUUGCAAAGGAGCAGGAGAUGCUUGUCCAGAAAAAAGUGACAGGCUACUGCAGCCUGGCUGAUAUUAUUGUGGCUACACCUGGGCGGCUCGCAGAUCAUAUUAGCCAGACCCCAGGGUUCAGCCUGACACAGCUUCGCUUCCUGAUCAUAGAUGAAGCUGACCGUAUGAUUGAUGACAUGCACCAGAAUUGGCUGAAUCAAGUUGUCAGAGCUGCGUUCCAAGCAGAAAAUGACUCUGGCUCCCACGUGCUUUUUCAGAGGAUCAAACCAGGGCCUGUAACAGCAGCCAGCUCCUGCCAUCCUCAGAUACCCUUACAGAAGCUGCUAUUUUCAGCCACACUGACCCAGGACCCAGAGAAAUUGCAGCAGCUGGGCUUAUUCCAGCCUCGCCUCUUCACAUCUGUCUAUUCUGAGAAAAAAUUACUCAGAGAUGGAGCAGAGACUGAACAGGACACUGAAGAGAAAUACACGCUCCCUGAGGGGCUGUCGCAAUGUUAUGUGCCUUGUGACCUGAAUUCCAAGCCCUUGCUCCUCUUGCAUUUCAUGCUGAAAAUGAAAUUUACCCGGGUGUUGUGUUUUACCAACUCAAAGGAGGCUUCUCACAGGUGAAUAUAUUAAUGAAAUGGCUACAGUACCUAUCCAUCAGAUAAUGCUACUAAGUUGAGUAACAGGUUGCCUCCAAAUGAGAGACAUAGAACCAUGAAGGAAUUUGAACAAGGAAAAAUACAAUUGUUAAUCAGCACAGAUGCCACUGCUCGAGGAAUUGACAUUAAAGGAGUGAAUUGUGUAAUAAACUAUGAUACGCCUCAGUUCAUCAGGACAUACAUUCACCGAGUUGGAAGAACAGCUCGUGCAGGAAAAGCAGGCUUAGCUUUCAGCAUGGUCCUUAGAAUUCAGGAACGUAGGUUUCUGCGGAUGUUGAAGGAUGCCGGCAUCACAGACAUAAAGCAGCACUUGGUGAAGGGCAAGUUAUUAAAGCCAUUGGUGCAGCAAUAUGAGGAAGCUCUGUCUAAGCUUGAGAAAAUGGUCAAGGAUGAACGAGCCCAGAGACGAGCCUGAAUGAACGCAAACAGAGGAGGUCAUGUUCCAUGGCACAGUCCAUGACCUACCCAGUGUAGCAUCAGUUCUACACAGCACCGUAACAAUGAGACAUGAUUCCUGAGCUGAAUGAUUGGAUCCUCAAUUUUAUCACGUUAAGUCUGCUGUUAUGGGCCUCGUUCCCAUUUCAAGGUCAGUGGGAACAGAAUUCAGUUGCUGGCUUUCAAAAAAAAAAAAAAAAAAGCCUUGAAAAGCCUUGAGGAGAACUUGACAUUUGACAUCAUACUUGACAUCAUGUCCUGCUGGCAUCUGUAAAACUUCCAUCAAUGAACAGAAGAGCCUUCCACAGUUCUUGAGCGCAGGCCUGAUGGAACUGCCAGUCACCAAAGGUGAGGGCUGUGCCCUUCCUGCCUCUAAACUGGGACAACUAACGUUUCUGCCUUGCUGUACAAGCAACUGUAUCUGCAAAUGCAGAAGAGCCUAUACAGUACCUAUAGUAGACUACUGUUUGAAGAGCUUUUGUAGGCUGCAGUGACUGUAACUUUUAAAUAAAUACUGUAUAUAUUUUUUAAAACAUUCAAUGUCCUUUAAAGAUUCUUGGGUACAGGGGUAGAGAUGGUGAUGAGGGGAGUUUCGGUACUAGUCUUGUGCUUUUUUCUUUGUCUCCUUGUGCUUUCUAUGUUCAGUCCCAGUGGUAAUAGUAGAUAUUAUUAAGUGUUAGGUUAGUGUUAACGCAGUCUACGCUGUCCCAGGUUACAUACUGCAUGAAUAUUACUGGACUCUACUAGUGUCAGCGCAAGCUGUAAAUAUGUCUCACUCAUGCCACUGAUAUUUUUAGCUGCCCCUGCCACAAGGCUUGGAGCUGUUAAGAGUGUCUUACUGCUGUGUAGCUGCAGCCUCCAAAUACCCUCUGAGAUACUCAACAGAAAGUGCCCAGCUCUGGGGCAUGCUUGCUAGUGUAUGUUUUCUUUACAAAAUAAAUAUACUUCAUAUUACCAAUACUUGACUGGAGUAGAAUGAAGUAAGGAUGGGGUGAAGAGAGAACUGGGAAGCAGCUGGAGGAGAUGGAUGUUUGGAAGGGUAGCCUAAAGAUAGGAGUAACUUGGGAUUGUUUUCUAGGAGUGAAGGAAGUGUAUGUCUUGCUGAUGACUGGAAUCACAGUAGAAAAAUCUUGUUGGGCUGGAGCUGUAAGCUCCCGUGAGCCGGGCAAGGAUACUCCUGUUCUUGUACACCUCUCUUUUAUUUGAAAGCCAAAU